AUGGUAGCCAAAUGCAGUGCAUGCUGUAAAUUUAUGUCGUCGCUAGAGGGCGCCUGUGUCGACUGUCAUACAUGUAAACGAGCAUAUCAUAGGGACUGCGUAGGGGUACUUAAAAAUAGGUCGGUGCCGUCAUCUUGGGUCUGCCCGGACUGCAAGGCCAAGUUGCCCAGAAGCAACCAGGAUGACACUCCGUUAAAGACACGGGCCCCUUCCUGUAGCUCUCCAGAAACUCUGAACCAAGAAUCCUUACUGACUAAGACUGACGGGAACAUAGAGGCGAAUCUUGUAGACGAACUCCGCGCAUUUCGUUUAGAAAUGAGCCAAACCAGGGAGGAACUUAUAGGCUUGCGUCAGGACUUGUAUGAGCUGCGGUCGACCGUUCGCUCCUGUGAGAACCGUCUGAAUAAAGUAGAAGAGACGGUACAAACACUUUUGGAGGCGCAGGCUAGUGGUUCUGGAAGUGAUUCUGGCAUAAUUAAGGUAGUUGAGGCGCUGGAAGCGAAUGUAGCUAGGCUACAGAAUGACCUAAACGACCGCGAUCAGGAGUUACUGGCCAACGAACUAGAAUUUAGCGGCCUGCCUGAAGAGAUUGCAGAAAAUCCAAUGCAUCUCGCGUUGGCAUGUGCUGCCAAGCUCGGCGUACCGCUGGAGGAGCGCGAUGUGGUAAGUUGCGCGCGCGCUGGUGCUCUGAGGCGCGAGGUGGGCGCGCGUCCCCGGCCGCUGGCACUACGGCUAGCGCGUCGCGACACACGUGAGGCCUUGCUGCGCGCUGCGCGCGUGCGUCGUCACGUUACUACAGAGGGUCUGGGCCAGAAGAGCGAACCGCGGCCUUUCUAUGUUAACGAACGGUUAACAAAGUUGAACCGGCACCUCUUCUAUAGGUCGAGGCAAAUAGGUAGUCGUCUACAAUGGAGGUACAUUUGGACCAAAGAUGGCAGAAUUUAUGCGAGGAGGGAUACCGGAGCCCCGGCUCAUCGAAUUCGCAGUGAAGCGGAUCUGCUGAAAACUUUUGGGCCCGACGGCGUUCGUUCACAGACAGCAGAAUCCUAA